GUCAUUGUAGCUUUGUGCUAGAAUAAUGCACGCAGACAUGUACUGUUAAAUGCAGUGUUCAAUUAUGAUUUUCCAAAUCUUGCCUCGUAAGAUUUGAAAGGUGUCGAACGUUACGUCUUACAAGUUUAAUUUCGCUACCUUCAGUAGUUGUCAUAAACUAGUUAGACUACUGUAGAAUGGCAAAUCCUGCCCACGUAUCUCGAGUCCGUACUUUAUACAAGAGGAUUCUACUCUUGCAUCGAUUUAUGCCAAUAGACCUAAGAGCACUUGGAGACCAAUAUGUAAAAGACGAAUUUAGAAGGCAUAAAACGGCAUCUCCCGACGAAGUCAAAUACUUCAUGCGAGAAUGGGAGAACUACAAGGACACUGUGCAGACCCAGGUGCUGGAGACUGCAGGUGGCUGGGUGAAGAAGAUGGAGUUUGGAGCAGAGCUGACGGAGGAGAAACUCAAGCUCUUCCAGGACGACCAGGUGGGCCAGCUGUACGAGCUCAUGCGAGAGUCCACCAAACCCAACAGACAGUUUGACAUCCAAGAGGAUGGCCCUCAGAAAUGAUGUGGCAGCCAAACUACAUCCACAUCUGGGAAGAGGGUAGGAAGGAGGAAGGGAGAAAGACUGGAUGCCUUCCAUUGAAGAACAGUAAGCUGAGGCAUUGGAGGCAUUUAAGAGAUUCUGAUUUUAUUGAAGUGUUGUGAAAAAAAUACCACAGAAUGUGUAUCUGUUUAUUUCAUUUGUCAUUUUGUAACCGUGGCAAUAAAACAAGUUCCUGUAUGAUUGAGGGGAGCCGAAA